AUGUCACCAACCUUAGAUGAUUUUAGUGUAAUUCUUGGGAUUCCAGUGAUUGGUAAAUCAGUCUCUUGCAAGAAGUUAUCAAAUGUUGACACUGCAAAUAUGCUAGUUGAGGCUUUGGAAGUAACAAUAGAUGAGGCGAAUGUAGCGUUGAAGGUAGCACAAGGCCAGUCUAUUAAGGUAGAAUGGUUGAAACAACGGUUUGGGUCAGUGUCUGAUGCGGACAAUGAUAAUACCAUUGAGUAUGCAGCUAGGGCAUAUUUGUUAUAUUUGUCAGGUUAUACCUUAUUUGCAGACAAGACAGGCACACGUGCUCCGGUAGUGUAUUUGUCUUUUCUUAUGGAUUUGCGGUCGGUUGCUUCUUAUGCUUGGGGUGCAGCCGUAUUGGCUUUUUUAUACCGGCAAUUGGGUACUGCCACGAGGUAUGCCGUAAAACAGAUGGCGGGAUACAUGACAUUGCUGGAAGCUUGGAUUUACGAGCAUUUUGUUGGUGCUAGACCCCACCCCAAUUUGGAUUACAAAGAAGAUCAGCCUCGUGUCUUUCGUUGGAUUUCUCGCACCCAAUCUGGUUCGUCAACGUCUAUUUUACAAAGGUUGCGAGAGGACCUCGACAGAUUAAAAGCCCAUGACAUAAGUGUUAUUUGGGAUCCAUACCAUGAUAAGCGUAUUGAGCAUCCUUUUUUUUAUGUUGCUUACUACAGUCGAUGCUUAAAAUGUAUGCACAUUGUUGAACCAUAUCAUCCAGAUAGGCGCAUUGACAGUGCCUUAAGCAUUUCACGUUCAAUGCUCGAAAUUGGAUACAAUGAAGCAGCUCCCACCCGAGAUAUUGUACGUAAUGCUAUGAAGAAGAUAACAAAAGUCUUGGAGGGCCAACAGUCCACUGAAGAACACACACCAUCAGAGAACUUGGUGUACACUCGUUGUAAGAAACAUGGAGCAACGUCUUAG